AUGCCGCACCACUUAACUUCGUUCGUUGCUGCCAUAACAGGAUCGAUUAGUUCAGGCACAUGUUGUGGAUGUAUACCAUUUACUAUUUCCCCAGCUGUGACCCCUGUAAUAGCCUCUUCAACUGCUCCUUUAUCAGCAGCCAUACCCAAUACAGUAAUACCAGGAGCAGUUGCAUCUCAAGGUGCUGUAUCUUCAAGCCCAAUAUUAACAAGUUCGAUGGCAUUUAUUGCUCCAUUUUUUGCCCCUUUCUUUGCAUCAUUUUGGGAUUUUUAUAAAAAAUAUAAUAUUUUCGAAGAAACCGAAGAAUGUACAAAAGUAGAUAAAAUGUCCCAAUGUGAUUUAACAAAUACACAGGAGUUAAAUUGUCAAGCUCAAAAUAUCGAAGAUCAAAAAAAUAUUUUUAAUCAAAAUUCCACUUAUUCCCAAAAUAUAGACAACAAUAACAAUUGUUCUACUAAUAAUACACCCACUGAAAAUCCAAACAUCGAUAUUAAUGAAGAUACAAUAAUGGAAGAAAUUAAUAGAAAAAAAAUAAAUCCAAUAUUUUAUGAAAAAUCAUCACCAGCUAGUGAAUGUUCUCAUAGUUCAUUUUUGGGUGAUACAAAAAUAUGA